CGCACGUUAAGGGGCAGUGGGUUUUGAAUUAUAAAAAACUGUGCCGGGAGAGUAAGACAGAGUUCGUCGGAACUAUAAAAGCAGUACUAGGGUUUUCCAUUUCCUUCUUGACACCCUAUUUGUCUUCGACCUCCAGAGAGGGAGAGAGGGAGAGAGAGAUGGGGAGACCGAGGUGCUAUCUGGAUAUAAGCAUAGGAGGAGAGCUUGAAGGGAGGAUAGUGGUGGAGCUUUACAACGAUGUGGUGCCAAAAACAGCUGAGAAUUUCAGAGCUCUCUGUACGGGCGAAAAGGGCAUUGGCCCCAACACUGGCGUACCCCUCCAUUACAAGGGUAGCCGUUUUCAUCGUGUUAUUAAAGGCUUUAUGGCACAAGGAGGAGACAUAUCAGCUGGAGAUGGUACAGGGGGAGAAUCCAUUUAUGGAUUGAAAUUUGAAGAUGAGAAUUUUGAAUUAAAACAUGAAAGGAAAGGAAUGUUGUCGAUGGCCAAUGCUGGCCCUAACACAAAUGGGUCUCAGUUCUUUAUCACAACUACUCGCACUACUCAUCUAAAUGGAAAGCAUGUUGUCUUUGGGAAAGUAGUUAAGGGCAUGGGAGUAGUUCGCUCAAUGGAGCAUGUGGCUAUUGGUGAUAAUGAUUGUCCGACCCAUGAUGUUAUAAUUGCAGACUGUGGAGAAAUUCCUGAGGGAGCUGAUGAUGGGACAAUUAACUUUUUCAAGGAUGGUGAUACCUAUCCUGAUUGGCCAACUGAGCUUGAAAAGAAUCCAGAGGAGCUUUCUUGGUGGAUGAGUGCUGUAGAUUCUAUUAAGUCUUUUGGCAACGAAUAUUUCAAGAAGCAGGACUACAAGAUGGCUCUUAGAAAGUAUAAGAAGGCUUUAAGCUAUUUAGAUGUCUGCUGGGAGAAAGAAGGGAUUGAUGAAGAGAAGAGUACAUUUUUGCGAAAGACCAAGUCACAGAUUUUCAGUAACAGUUCUGCUUGUAAAUUGAAAUUAGGAGAUUCAAAGGGCGCAUUGUUGGACACAGAAUUUUCUGUACGCGAGUGUGAGAACAAUGCCAAAGCUUUGUUCCGCCAAGGUCAGGCACACAUGGCACUUAACGACAUUGAUUCUGCUGUUGACAGUUUCAAAAAAGCUUUGGACUUGGAGCCAAAUGAUGGUGGAAUAAGAAGGGAGCUUUCUGCCGCUUCGAAGAAGAUUGCUGAUAGACACGAGAGGGAGAAGAAGAGUUAUUCCAGGAUGUUCCAGUAGCAUAAUAUGAUCUGGUUGAAGUGGGAGAGCUAAGGAAAACCCUAAAUCCCGCCAGGCCAUGGCUACUGUACAAAAUUCAUGGGAGGGAACCAUUUCUCAUUGCUGGAGAAUCUCAUGCCCUUUUUUGUCUUUAGCAGUGAGAGAUGUAUGUUCAUUGAGUGAAAAAUUAAAGCCCUGUCCAGUCACUCAAAAGUACUGUCUGACCUUAUUGUGGGUAUAAAUGGAACAGAAUUCCACUUCUCCAUUA